AUGUUUCUCGAGUCGCAAUGGGGUGAAGGCGUUGAAAGUGGUGGAUAUGUCAAUCCGGGUUUCGAGGACGACGAGGGUGAAUUAGUCGAUCAGAGAUUCUUGGACGAGUUGGACAACCUUUGCGAGAUCGGGCAACGGUGUACAUUUGUCGGACAGGACUAUGUGAAUUGGAAUGUGAGCGAACCGGACGGGAAAGAGCACGCUGCCAAGGAUUUGGUGGACCGGAAUGUCGUACCGCGUAUGCCAUGGCACGACAUUGGAUGCGUCUUGUCCGGCCAGAUCGCUUCGGAUUUUUCUCGGCAUUUUAUUCAGCGCUGGAAUGCCAUUCGAACCUCUCGUAUUCGUUUGGCUACCAAAGGGACCUCUGAAAGAGAACGACGUCGACAGAAACCUUUGUUAAUUCCGGUCGAACCAUGUGCCCCAUGGAACACAGAUAAUUUGAGCACUGUGUUACGCGAUCCGCGACAGGCUUCUUCGUGUCAGGCCCAAGCACUCCGUAGUGUAUCCAUUUGGUCUUUGUGUGUCCCAGCUGGUAAUGUGAAGCGUGGAUUCCGGGAAGAAUUUCAUCGUUGGUUAUAUGGUCACGAUGAUGCCAAGGUAGUUAGUACAAUAAAUGAACGUGAGCGAGGUCUAGAGACCUCCAUUCUAUCCGCAUACAUAAACUCAAUCCUUGACGCAGAACAUUUCAUUUUGAUCGAGAAUCAGUUCUUUAUCAGUUACAUCAUGUCCACGGAUUUCAAAGCGAAUCUCUACACGGAACGCCCGCGAAAUGAGAGUCACCAUAUACCAGAGUAUGCGACUGCAGAAAACACAGAUCCACACGAAAGAUUGCCCAUUACCGAUCAAUCGGCUGAAGUGAAGAAUCGAAUUGUGGACGCCAUAUUUUUGCGAAUUAUACGUGCUCAUAGAGAGGGAAAACCGUUUCGGGUGUUCAUUAUCCUGCCUCUCGUUCCCGGUUUUCCCGGUGAAUUUGGUAAUCCAACCGCAAGAAGUCAGCAUAUGAUCUGGCACUACACUCGACUCAGUCUGUUCUCGGGUGAGCAAGCUCUAUUCCCUCGACUAGCUCGAUUUGUGCCCGAUCCAAACGAUUACGUGUCCGUAUGCGGCUUACGCAACUAUGCUGAAUGGCCGAACGGGAAUCUGAAAACGGAGUUGGUCUAUGUGCACAGCAAAGUCAUGGUUGUGGACGAUCAAAAAUUGAUAAUCGGAUCAGCCAAUCUGAACGAUCGGAGUACCCGGGGUAAACGAGACAGCGAGCUGGCAGUCCUGAUUGAGAAUAAUCCGUAUCAGCAAGAUCAAUCAUUUUGUCCAUUCGUGCGACGAUUCCGACGCAGUUUGAUGGCCGAACAUUUGGGCGUAUUACCCACACUGAAACGGGCGAAUCGACACGAGUGGUCUGAUGAACUGUUAAACGAUCCGGUCUGUGACGAGUUCUAUCAUGGUGUGUGGCGAAAAACGGCACGACGCAACGCGGAGCUGUUUGAACAGGUAUUCAAUGUCAUUCCAUGCAACCACUUGAAAACGUUCAACGACUGCAAAGAAUAUAGACAGAAGAUUCCAAUGAGCGUGGGGGAUCCUCAAAAAUCACGAGAAUUGUUGAAGCAAGUUCGAGGCUACCUAGUUGAAUUUCCGGCCGAAUUCUUAGCUAACGAAGACUUGACGCCACCCCCAGGGACAUUGGAAAAUCUGGCGCCGGCCCUAAUCUGGUUAUGA